ACUACACGAUAGUACAUCCCUUUCCGCAGCAUCCGAGAUGAAGCGUCCCUCCCUGCGACGACCUUAAUCCUUACAAUGAUGAUUUUGUCGCUUUAAGUGCUGCUUUGAGUUUAUAGGAGUGCGUGAAAGCGUUAUAAGACACGGAAAUGCAUCCUGCUUGGGACCCACCUGUCUUUAGACUCCGCCACCGCCUCGCGCGUCUCUGAGCCGCAGCACCGCACAUCAGCAUCGGCACAGCUGGACAGCGGCGGCCGGGAAGCCUUGCUUCACCUUCACCCUCACUGGAUAUGUGGAAAAAUCUGAUAAUGACGCUCCUCUAGAGGACAGUGAUCUUCACAGCCGCUUUCUGUCUGAACCUUCUCCCAAAGCUUCAUCAGACCCUCAUCCUCCUCAGAGCCUCAGCCCCAUCUCCUGAAUCCCUCUGACCCACGAGCAGGCUCCAGGAUGAGCGGCCUCUUCGCCAAACUGGACCCGCGCCGGGUUCAAUGGGGGGCCAACUGGUUUGCCUUCCGGUCCCGCGUUCUGCGCACAAAGCCUGUGGAGUCCAUGCUGGAGACCUCGGGUGGCACCGGGGCUCACGGCACCAAACUGGCCCGUGUCCUCUCCACCGUGGACCUUGUGUCUCUGGGAGUGGGAAGCUGUGUGGGUACAGGCAUGUAUGUGGUCUCGGGACUGGUGGCGAAGGAAAUGGCAGGUCCUGGGGUCAUUGUGUCUUUCAUCAUUGCUGCCGUGGCCUCCAUCCUGUCAGGGGUGUGUUAUGCUGAAUUCGGUGUACGUGUGCCUAAAACUACAGGAUCGGCCUACACUUACAGCUAUGUGACGGUGGGCGAAUUUGUGGCUUUUUUCAUUGGCUGGAACCUGAUUUUGGAGUAUCUGAUUGGUACAGCAGCAGGGGCCAGUGCACUGAGCAGCAUGUUUGAUUCGCUGGCCAAUCACAGCAUCAGUGGAUUCAUGAUCAACCACAUAGGAACUCUUAAUGGCUUGGGUAAAGGGGAGCAGUCAUAUCCGGACAUCCUGGCGCUGGUCAUAGGCAUCCUGGUCACAGUGAUAGUCGCUCUGGGCGUGAAGAACUCAGUGGGCUUCAACAACGUGCUGAACGUCAUCAAUCUGGUGGUGUGGGUGUUCAUAAUGAUCGCAGGCCUGUUCUUUGUCAGUGGGAGCAACUGGGAUGAGGGACGAUUCCUGCCUUAUGGCUGGUCAGGGGUCAUGCAGGGGGCAGCCACUUGCUUUUAUGCCUUUAUUGGGUUUGACAUCAUCGCCACCACAGGAGAAGAAGCCAAGAGUCCCAACACAUCCAUCCCCUAUGCCAUUACUGCCUCUCUGGUCACCUGCCUCACUGCCUACGUCUCUGUGAGUGUGAUUCUCACCCUGAUGGUUCCCUACACUGAAAUCGAUUCAGAUGCUCCACUGAUGGAGAUGUUUUCUCUACAUGGCUUCCAAACUGCCAAAUACAUUGUGGCCAUUGGCUCCAUUGCUGGACUGACGGUCAGUUUGUUGGGCUCUCUGUUCCCAAUGCCGAGAGUCAUCUAUGCCAUGGCAGGAGACGGUUUGCUCUUCAGGUUCCUGGCCCAUGUGAGCACAUACACAGAGACUCCUGCUGUGGCCUGUGUGGUGUCCGGCUUCCUCUCAGCACUCUUGGCUUUGCUGGUCAGUCUGAGAGACCUGAUUGAGAUGAUGUCCAUUGGCACUCUGUUAGCCUACACUCUAGUGUCAGUAUGUGUGCUCCUGCUGCGCUACCAGCCUGAAGGUGACAUUCACGGAUUUGUCAACUUCCUCUCUGAGCAAAACUCAAAGCGCAAGGAGGGAGUUCUGGCCGAGUGCGAGAAGGAAGCCUGUUCGCCGGUCAGUGAGGGUGACGAUUACGGAGGAGUUCCAACAAACACCUGUGGAGCCAAAAACCUGCCAUCUCUUGGGGACAAUGAGAUGCUGAUUGGCAAACCUGACAAGUCCACCUACACCGCCAGUCAUCCCAACUACGGCACAGUGGAUAUGUCCUCAGGCAUUGAGUCGGAUGAGACGGACAGCGCGUAUCUGCUGAAGCUCAAGAAGCUACUCGGCCCACGCUAUUAUACCAUGCGCAUUCGGCUGGGUUUACCAGGCAAGAUGGAUCGUCCCACAGUGGCCACCGGGCGCAUUGUCACUCGCUGUGUAGUUCUGCUGUUCAUCCUGAUCUUCUGCUUCUGCUCCCUUAUCAUCUUCGGCUCGGGUCAGAUCGCUGAUGGUCAGUGGUGGGCCGUCCUGCUGCUGGUGGUGCUCCUGCUGGUCCUCACUCUCCUGGUUUUCAUCAUCAUUCAGCAGCCGGAGAACCCAAAGCGUCUGCCCUACAUGGCUCCUUGUGUGCCCUUCGUCCCGGCAUCUGCUAUGCUGGUGAACGUUUACCUCAUGCUCAAGCUCUCCACUAUCACAUGGAUCCGUUUUGGAGUGUGGUGCUUUGUGGGUGUUUUGAUCUACUUUGGCUAUGGCAUGUGGAACAGCACUCUGGAGAUCACAGCACGUGAGGAGGAAGCUCAUGCCAGCACAUACCAGCGAUACGACAUGGGUGUGGAUGACAACUUUGCAGUGGAUGACGACCUGUACCCUUCUGGAGACCAAGGACCGUUCCAGAACUGGGGCAAAGGUGGCCAGCAGAAACAGCCACAACAGGAGCAGAGCGAGCCUCAGUCUGAUGGCCUGGACAGGUUGGACAACCACAGGACCUCCUCUUCCUCUUCACACAGCAGAGCCAAAAGCAAAGCUAGCAAACCCAGCCCGGGUUUUGAGGCGCUGGUGGUCGACGACGAUCUGGAUGAUCCUUUGGAAUGAGAAUGUAACCUGAAUGUACUCAUCUGCCAAGAACCCUUGGGCUAGGUUGUUAUGUCUCUGCAAUGAGUUUUUAUUUUCCUUCAUUACCUUCAUUUGCAGCAGUUUUUUCACUACUGACAGGAUAAUGAGAAUGUUCAAGAUCGGAUUUCACUUUAAGAAUCCUUUUUAAAUCCCUUAAAGUCUAUAAAUUCCCUAUUUUUAAACAAUAUAGCCCCUAAUUUUUACUGUAGUGAAACUAUUCCGCACUUAAAUUGACACCGUUUUUAUCCAAGGCAAUGAGGAAGCGAUUCAUCGUAAAGAGGCGAAUAAUCACAAGUGCUUUUUCAAAGAUUAUCAAGGAUGAGUGAAAUGAUAGCGAUUUUGCUUGUUCAGCAGGAUGCAGUUUAAUACACACUGAAGAGAUAUUUGUGUUUGGAAAUACGAAUAGAAGAUCAUUCCACCAGCAAGAAAUGAGAAUGUUCUGAUUUUCUGCCUCUCUGUGUAGAUAUAUAGAUCCACUGUUUCACUUGAACGCAACAGAUGCCCUCUUUCAAGUAAUUUACAUUAACUAGCAUAAUAUUUAUGAGUGAUUAAUCACGACGCUUUUAGUUAUCGCAACUUUUCCCAAUGCAAACUUCUUUCAGCUGUCAAAAGGACGUGCAUUCACAGGUCACGUCCACUUCCAGUCUAUUUUUAUUUGGAGUUGAUAUAAAAACCAGCUGAAACAUUGCCAUGUGAAGCCCUUAAAGCAAUUUGCACUCUUCAGUUUUGUCAGUAAGCUGCUCUUGUUUUCAAUUAAUUUGAAUUUUAGACAUAAACGGUUAAUUUCGAAAAGCAAAGAUAGAUGCUAGCCAUAACAUAAGAUGGGGAAUGAUAUGAAAAACCAAGCAGAAUCAAAGGCCCGCUGUAACAUCUAGCCCAAGUGAGGUUUGGACUGUAGGUUGUCGCAAAUAGUCAUGGGAAUUUGCUUGCAAUAGUGCCUUCAUCUGUCAGUGUGUGCUUUAAAUAUGACCAUCGAGGUGUCCAUGCUUGUUUGUUUGUCGACAUAUAUCCAUGGGUUUGUUUUCCCGGUGAAGGUGCCUGUCAGCCGUCACGUUCCACCAUCAUUUCAUUUUCCGUGCCAGUGACUCCGCUUCAUCCUUGCAAGCAGGCAGCUCUGUGUAAACGCAGACGGUGUGACCACAGUGCGGUUUGUGUCUCUCGGCUGGUCAAAAAAAGAGAAGAGAAUGUAAAGAAGUGAAAUUUGCAUGUGGUGGGGAGCCUGUUGUUUUUGUUUUUAAUCUGGCUGUGCUCUUCUGCUGUUCCCCCAUAAUUCAUGUGGAGUUAAACCGAUCUGUCCAGUCUAACUUUAUCUGUGCUACAGCUCUGCCAGCCGAAAAAGGCAACAAAAAAAAAGAAAAGAAACCAACCAAUCCAGGCCUCAAAUGCACAUUAUGUCAUAUUGCUUUAAAUGUUUCUACCCUUUUGUGUUUGUGAUGAAUCUUUAAAAACUUAAAAAAACAAAACUAAAGAUCACAAGUUGUGUCUUUGAGUCAUUUUUGGGGCCUGGAUUGGUUUUUUUAUCCUGCAUCUGGUCUAUGAUGUGAUUAUUUGUCGCUGUGGCAUUUUGCUGAAUGUGUAGCAUGUUCAGGGCCCAGAGUAAAACUAUGUUUGUGAGUAUUUGCAUGUGUGGUGACCGUCGAAAGACUUGAUGUAACUCUCAAAUGUAGCAUUCUGAGAGACGAGGGUAACAGCCCGCCCACCGUACACCCCUGAACCCUCCUCGUCCCCGAGUGGCCUCUGUUUACAAAAGCAAGCCAAAGUCUGCAACCUUUGUUUACCGUAUCCGACAAAAAGACACCGUUUUACUUCCGUAGAAUAGAGCACCACAGUGUGGAGGCGUGAGAUAUUGAAGAGAAGUAUUUUUUUACAGGCGUUUCAUACCUUAAGGUUCUCCGUUGGGGUAGUGUAGCCACCGCCGGUGGUCUUUUGUGGCUUCGCUUAUGUUUUCAGCAGAACUUCUGAAGAAAAGUGGAGAAAGCAUAUAUUUUUAAUGACCUCUUUCUAGACUGAGAUACUUUGAUGGAGAUUUUGUUUUAAUUUAAUGUUAGAAAAGAAAAAAAGUUCAAAGGAGGAAAGAUAUUAAAGGGAUAGUUCAGAUAAAAAUGAAGAAUCUGUCAUCCUUUAUUCAUAUAAAUGAAAAACGAGAGACUUUUUUUGUACAUGCAAUUUAAGUCCAAUGGGUUCAGUAAUGUUUUGGAACCUACUGACUUUGAAUGGACAUAAAAAGUAAAAAUAUAACUGGUAACACUUUAUUUUGAUGGUUCAUUUGAGUAUUAGUAGACUGUUUGCUUAAUAUCUGUUGACUGCUGCCAAACAGACAUUUAACUGACUAUAAGAAACUUUGCAAGUACAUGUCAACUUACACUAACCCUUACCCCAACCUAACAGUCUACUUAUAAUCUAAUGAGAAUUAGUUGUAACGUAGAUGCAAUGUAACUUAAUUCAACAAACAGACCAUCAAAAUAAAGUGUGACUCUAAAAAAAGCAAAUGUCAUAGCAAAACAGGAGUAAAUGAUGACAAAAAUAUUAAUUUGCAGAUAAACUAUGUAGAUUAAAAUCUACAUACAGAAAUAUUUUAUUAAAAGCCUGUCUGAGAAAAAAAAAGUCUUUUCACUAUUGCUUUUAAAGUCAGCUACUAUUUGUUAUUUGUCUCUGAUAAAAAGGUACAGUGUUUGUACUUUGUGAACUAUCUUUCCUGCUAUCAUAGUUUGUUCGGUAUUUGUUCAGGAAAUGUGGAGAUUGGCUUCCCUUGCAAAUCUGAUCUUUGUUUCUGCUGUAUAUUUUGGUAUGAAGUGGAUGUAUUCUGGUUUCAAUGACUUUUUUUUGUUUAAAAGAACCUAUUUAUUGUUUCUUCUACUUGUGGUUUUGCUCUCCCGUUGCACUGUGUAAUGAAAUGUUAAUAUUGCUUCCAAUGCAACAAUGAAAGUCAUUUAUUGCAGAUCAGA